ACAAUAUUAUCAGAAAUUCAGAAUCAUCCAUGGUGGUAUUCUCACACGCAAACUGGCGAAAGCCGACAAUCCGCACCCUUGACCGGCCGUCAAUCUUCCUCGCCGGAGCACUAACGGCGUUAAUAAUCCUCUGGGCUUUCUUCUUCUUCUCCACUAUAAACUCCCCACCCAACAACACCUGCAACUGCAACCAACCCGACCCGGCCUUCAACCUCCAAUUCGACCCACCCGUUUCCACCUUCUACGACGACCCAUCCUUCGGGUACACCCUCAACAAACCCAUUACCAACUGGGACAAAAAAAGAGAAAUCUGGCUCACACUACACCCAUCGUUCAAGCCGAGGUCACGUGACCGGGUACUUAUUGUAACCGGGUCACGUUCCACCCCAUGCAAGAGUCCCACUGGAGACCACUUUUUGUUAAAAUUCUACCGGAAUAAGGUAGAUUAUUGUCGUAUACACGGGUAUGAUAUUUUUUACAAUAAUGUUUUACUGGAUAGAAAUAUGCCUUCUUGUUGGGCUAAGAUCCCAACGGUUCGGGCCGCCAUGGUGGCCCACCCGGAAGCUGAGUGGAUCUGGUGGCUGGACGAGGAUGCUGCGUUUACCGACAUGGAAUUCAAGAUCCCGUUCGAGAAAUACGAGGGUUACAACUUUGUUGUUCAUGGGUGGCCGAAAGAGGUGUACGAGAAGAAGAGUUGGUUAGGGUUAAACGCAGGAUCUUUUCUGAUUAGAAACUGUCAAUGGUCGUUGGAUUUUUUGGACUCGUGGGCCGAUAUGGGCCCACGGUCUAAAAACUAUGACAAAUGGGCUGAUGUGUUGUUAAACGUGUUUCACCAUGAGUCGGAUGAUCAAACGGCUCUGGGUUAUUUGUUGUUGAAGGAUCAUCAAAAAUGGUACGGGAAAAAAAUGUUAAUUGAAACGGGUUACUAUUUGGAAGGUUAUUGGGUUGUGAUUGUGGAUACUUUGAAAAAUAUUACCGAGCGGUAUUUAGAAAUAGAAACGAGUGCGGGUAUGUUGCGAAGGCGACAUGCCGAGAAAGUUAGCGAGCGUUACGGGGUGUUACGCGAGCCGUUGUUGAAAGAUGCUGGUAAUGAGUUUGGGAGUUGGAGACGGCCGUUUGUGACGCAUUUUGCGGGGUGUCAACCGUGUAAUGGGAAGCAUAACCCGUUGUUUACUGCGAAAGGGUGUCGCGAUGCGAUGAACAAGGCUUUGAAUUUUGCGGAUAAUCAGGUUUUGAGGAAUUAUGGGUUUGUUCAUCGGAAUUUGUCUGAUCCGUCGGUUGUUUCGCCGUUGCCGUUUGAUUAUCCGGCGUGAUUAGCAUAGAGGGUAUGAAGUUGUGUUUGAUUACUCACUUUCUGGACAUAUUUUAGAGGUUGUUUUAGUUUGGAAAAUAAAAUGGUUGUUAUUGUCAAGAGUUUAUUAUAGAUUAUACUUUACUUUUAAAGUUUUGGAUUGUUUCAAGUGUUUACAAGUAUUUAACAUUUUGGGAAUUUGAAUAGGUUUGUUAUAAAAGGUUAUAUCCCCAA